AUGCCUGAUUCGGAAAACCAGAAUGCCAUACCAGUCAUCGAUGUCUCUCGUCCAUCCGAGGCAGUCGCUCUCCAGGUGCUCGAGGCAGCAUCAACACAGGGCUUCCUCUUCAUCAAGAACGAUGGCGCGACCAUCCCGCCCAAGGACAUUGAUGAUAUGUUCAAACUUUCCCAAGAGUUCUUCGCCACUCCAAGACAACACAAGGCAGAGUUUGCCAUCCACUCGGAAAAAGCGGGUGGUAUCAAUCGCGGAUGGGUGUCGAUGCAAGGCGAAUCACUCGACCCCCAGGGACAAAAGCACGGCGAUCCCAAACAAGCAUUCAAUAUCGGUCCACCUCAACCCGAGCUACAGCCCCUGCCACAGCCUCUCUUGUCCCAAAAGGAUCUGAUAUCAAGGUUCCAAACAUCCUGCCACAACCUCUGCAUCUCCAUCCUGUCCCUCCUCGGCACUGCUCUGCAAAUCACAGAUCCUGACUACUUCGCCUCACGACAUGACCAGUCCCAGGGUCCAUCUGGCACGAUUUUCAGGAUGCUAUACUACCCAAAGACCGCCCCCAAGGGCGACAGGGAGGAUAGUAUAAGAGCAGGAGCGCACUCCGACUACGGGAGUGUAACGCUAUUGUUUCGCCUUCCUGGCCAGCCGGGGUUGGAGCUCUUGACGGAAAAGGGGUGGGUCACUGUGCCGGUCAACCCCAAUCCCAAGGAUCUCAUCGAGCCACCAAUAUUGGUGAAUAUUGGAGAUCUGUUGAGUUUCUGGACGAACGGGAUGCUCAAGAGCACCGUUCACCGCGUCACUUUCUCAUCCGGGGAGGAAAGAUAUAGUAUGGCGUACUUUUGUCACCCAUUGAACGAUGCGAAGCUAGGAGCCGUACCGAGCGAGGUUAUUGAUAAAUUUGGAGACCAAGGUGUGAAUGAAUUGAGAAGUCAAAGGAAGCGACUAGGUCUCAAUGAAGACGGGGAGAACGACGUCUUGACUGCCAAACAGCAUCUGGAUCGAAGGCUGAAAGUUACCUAUGGGAUAUAA